AUGCCACGGACAAGAAACUGCUCGACUACGUCGCCGAUCUCGUGUACUUUCCGCAGACAGGAAACGGGUAACAGCACUCUAUGUGGCCGCUACAUCCGCGAUAGAUUCCACCGAUGCCAGAGUCUUUUCAAGAAAGAUUUACUCAGCCAUUUCGGUUGUGUCAAUGCUAUUGAAUUUAGCAACAAUGGCGGAGAGUUUCUUAUUUCAGGUGGAGAUGAUAGACGAGUACUGCUAUGGAAUGUGGAGAAAGCAAUAUCUGGGCUUGGUAAAGCAGUUACCAUGAAAGGAGAACAUAACUCUAAUAUAUUCUGUCUAGCUUUUUCCUCCAGUAAUAAUAAGGUGUUUUCAUCUGGUAAUGAUGAACAAGUCAUAGUUCAUGAUGUUCACAGUGGAGAAGCACAGGAUGUUUUCUUACAUGAGGAUACCGUGUAUGGUUUAUCUGUACAACCAGAUAAUGACAAUAUAUAUGCCAGCGCAUGUGAUGAUGGUCGUGUACUCAUAUGGGAUAUCAGAGACCGUAGUGGACAAGAGCCAUUUGUUUUAGCAAACUAUACAUCAGCUUUCCAUGCUGUGGUCUAUAAUCCUGUUGAGCCAACGUUGCUAGCUACAGCCAGCUCUAAAGAAGGUGUUGGAUUGUGGGAUGUCAGAGCUCCAAGAACGUGUUUAUUGCGUUAUGGUGGAAGUCUCUUACAACAGAGUGCCAUGAGUGUAAAGUUUAAUUGUACUGGUGAUAGACUAGUUUCACUUAGAAGACGUCUUCCACCUGUCUUGUAUGAUAUACAGAGUGCUGUACCGUUAAUACAGUUUGACCAUUCUGGCUAUUAUAAUUCAUGUACUAUGAAGAGCUGUUGUUUUGCUGGUGAUUCAGACCAGUAUAUUCUGUCUGGGUCUGAUGACUUCAAUUUGUAUUUGUGGAAAAUACCAGAAGGAAAUUUAGAAGGGCACCUGAUAUGGAGUCCAUUCAAGUUACCAGAGUCUGUGGGUACUACCACCGGUGGUAUGGAUAUGAGUGAAGUUGAAAGGAAUAUGUAUUCACACGAAGAGUACAUUGACCUCGUACUUAACAGUGGGCAGGGAUUGUCACAUGACUAUACCCACAAAUCAAUGCAUGAAGAUCCACGAAUGAUUGCAUUUUUUGAUUCUUUAGUUCAAAGGGAGGUGGAAGGAUGGAGCAGUCUGAGUGACUCUGAUGACAGCUUACUAAGUGGACAAAACUUUUAUGUACAGUUGAUGGAGAGGGAGUCAAAUGUUCCAUCUGAUGAUGAAAGUCUUUUUGCGUUUUCAUCCUCAGAUGGCAACACAUCACGACCUGAGGAUUUAGCACAGUCUGCAGCAGAGUUACGUAGACUGUUUGAUAUGAGGGUGGUUAGACCAAACAGUGACACUGCUAAUAAUACAGAAUCCGCCACCUCACAACCUAGUCCACAAAGUUUUAUACAGUUAGAAACACCUUCAAGAAUCAGAAGAGUAUCUUUAGCAGAUACGACUAAUGUCAAUAGUGAUACUGAUGUAAGUAAUGAGGAGACGCACAGUUUGCCGAGUAACUCACCCGGACCUUCACAGAGUAAUUUAGGUCGGUGGCUUAACUGUGACUACGACUCAGACUCAAGUAAUAAACUGCUCUCAUCAGUCAUGCAUCUUGACCAUGAUAGAUUAAUUAGUCUCAGACAAAGGAUUGCAUGUAGACGUGCCCUGAGAGAGAAGUUAUCCAGACGCAGUGUAUCAAGGAAUAAUUUGACUGUAGAUGAUAGCAGCAGCAGUAGUAGUGAUGAUGAGGACACUGGUACACGAUUACAAAGUGUGUCUGCACGAAGUAGAUCGGUAGGAACAGCAUCUAUGAGCAUUAUUCGGUCUCUAAGACGACGCAUUCAUAAUGAGGAUGCUCUGAACAAUGACAACUUGGACAGUGCUGCGCCUGUGGGCGUUGAUGGGGAGUACAGAGACAAUAAUACCAGUAGUGAGGAUGUCAGGUUGGACAGAUCUAAAAGGACUUGCAAUGAAAACUGUAAUGACUUACAACCAGGCUGUAGCAAAAAAUCAAAGCCAAGGAAUACAGGUGAUACAUUGCCAUCUGGAAGCCAGCCACCCCAUCUAACACUGAAAAAUGAUAACUCACAAGACAGUGCUUGUAAUGGUGCACAAACUGACAAUUUAUGUUUGGAUGCUGCAAACGGUGAUUGUAAUCCAGUCAAUGGAAAUAACAAUGAAAACAACUGGCCAGAAUUCCGAAGGUUUAAGAAUCGAGUGGCAAGAACUAAAAGGAACUAUAGAAGGAAUGAAACCAAUGAUAGUGAUGACUGA